CUACUUUGGUAAACUGCUUCGGCGUCGGCCUACACACCGCCGGGUGCAGAAAACGUCACGACUUGAUCAUGGAUGAGGCCAGUCCCUUAGGCGUUUACCUAGUGAAAUCGGGCAGCAAAGGGGACCGGUUACUGUUCCGUUACCCGUACGCAGUCGAUACGGAAAGUGACACCCAUGCCAACAGGAGACGGACCAAUCCGUACUCGCUGAUUCCGAACGAAGACACGUCGAAUAUCACAAGAGCCAGGAGCUGCUCAGAGAUCUCAGACAAAAACUUAGUCUUAAUCACAGACAAAGCCCUGUCGAACCUUUUCGCCACCAAGAGCGAACUCUGCAACAGAAAGUUCGAACUGAAGGUGAACGAUGUGCGGUUUGUGGGACACCCCGUCCAGCUGUGUUCGAAGCGCGAGACAUCAACGUUUCUCAUGUUCAACGUUGUCUUCGCCCUCAGGGCCAAUGCCAGUCACGACAUCGUCAACUUUUAUCACGACUUUACACAUAAGAUUGCGAUAGCAUUGUCUUCGGAAGAGAACCGCUGCAAUUACCUGAGUUUUGAACUCAAGAUCAUGCUACGAGCCCAUGAUGACACUGUCGCAAUGCCUGAAGACAUCGGGGAAUCUCCGUACUACCUGAUCCUAAAACGCAGCCAACUAGCCAGGGAUUUGCAGCGUGCAUACAAUGAACUGCACAGCAGUGGUUCGGUGCAGCUGCACAUCAACCGCUGGAUCAAUGUCUCCUUCUGCCUCCCACACAAGGUCCACAGGCUACAGCUGGCAAGGAGUUGUGUCAAGGCCGAAGCUAUUCAGAAGUGCCUGACACAACUCAGGCCAUACCAUGCCCUCCUCCUUCUGGUGGACCCGAGGGAGCUGGUAGAAUCUCUGCCUACGGACGCAUCGUCCGCACUUGUCCGACUCAUCCACACAGCCAGCCCAAUGCGCAGCCUCGUGCAACUGGCUGCGGAUACGGAUCUUACCCUGAGACAGGUAUUUCAGCUGUCAGCUCAUCUAGUCUACUGGGCCAAGGCCACCAUCAUCUACCCUCUGUGCGAGAGCAACUGCUAUGUGCUCGCUCCAAAUGCACCGACCGAUAUAAAGUCUCCUGUGCACGAGAGGUUUGCCGAGAUGUUUCCUGGAGUCUCGCUACCGGCAUUUAUGUCCAAGUUCUCACUGCCUACCUCACUGUCCCAGCUGAAUGACCCCAUGGACCUGAAAAAUGAACGAAAGCAGCUGCUGCAGAUUCUGGUGUGGAUGCUUCAGGAGAGGAUCCUGAUGCAGCUGCACACCUACGUCUACCUCGUGCCAACCGAGCAGCCUAGCAACGGUUACCUCGGGUCGCGACCUUACCUGUCCGAACCUCACCUGAGUCACCGACCGGCCACCAGCCAGUCGGACUUCAGCGGCUCAGUGCCCAGUGAGGAUUCCAUGAUUGGUAGCCCGAGUCAGUCAAGCCAGUCUUCCAAGUGUGGCUCCGACGAAGACCUCUCACCGGCAGAGUCUGAUGGGCGCUUUGCGUUGUCCUGGGAUGAGAAGGAGGCCGUGGCCAGGGUGCCCGCUUACCGAAACCUUGAAGACCGAAAACUCUUCCUCAGGUUGUGCCCACGCUUCAAGGGCAAAGACCACCUCGAGGAGAUUAUGUACUACGAGAAUGUGCGUCGAUCUAACCUCCUCGCUCUUUUGGACAAGUUUCGUGAGGUGCUCUUCACUGUGCAGCACGAAGACCCCACAAUAGCGGUGUUCUACAGCUGACAUAGUGGUCAUGAGGUGUUUUUCUUUUCCAAGUGUGUGCCGACGCAUUGCCCCUGGACAUUGGCGCUGAAGCUGAAGCCCCGGCUAUUCUGCUUCGAGUGGCAUGUUAUUCCGUUUCACUUAAUGUAAUUAAUUACCAUUGUCUUAUAAAUGCUGACAGGACGGCA